CCGGGCGGAGCCAAAGCUGACCUCCGCGCGCACGCGCGCUAAAUAUUCAUCUCCCAGUCCUAUAAAGAGGUGCGGGAGGCGGAUCGCGCGAAAAGUUUCCUGCUCUCGCCGUCAGGAUGUUCGAGGCGCGGCUGAUUCAGGGCUCGUUGCUGAAGAAGGUGCUGGAGGCUCUCAAGGACCUCAUCACGGAGGCCUGCUGGGACCUGGGCUCGGGCGGCAUCAGUCUGCAGAGCAUGGACUCCUCGCACGUCUCGCUGGUGCAGCUCACCAUGCGCUCCGAGGGCUUCGACACGUACCGCUGCGACCGCAACAUCGCCAUGGGCGUCAACCUCGUCAGUAUGUCCAAAGUGCUCAAGUGUGCUGGUAAUGACGACAUAAUCACCCUGAGAGCUGAAGAUAAUGCUGACACACUGGUUUUGGUAUUUGAAACGCCAAAUCAGGAGAAGGUUUCAGACUAUGAAAUGAAAUUAAUGGAUUUGGAUGUAGAACAGCUUGGAAUUCCAGAACAAGAAUACAGCUGUGUGGUGAAAAUGCCCUCUGCUGAAUUUGCACGUAUUUGCCGUGACCUCAGUCACAUUGGAGAUGCCGUUGUAAUCUCCUGCACAAAAGAUGGUGUCAAAUUUUCUGCCACGGGAGAACUUGGGAGUGGAAAUGUCAAACUGUCACAAACCAGUGAUGUUGAUAAAGAGGAAGAAGCUGUAACAAUAGAGAUGAAUGAGCCUGUCCAGCUGACUUUUGCUUUGAGAUAUUUGAAUUUCUUCACCAAAGCUACACCUUUGUCUCCUACCGUUAUACUCAGUAUGUCUGCAGAUGUUCCCUUAGUUGUGGAAUACAAGAUAGCAGAUAUGGGACAUUUGAAAUAUUAUUUGGCCCCCAAGAUUGAAGACCAAGAAGAAUCGUAAGAAAUUAAAGGAGGAAAUGUGAUUUUUGUGAGGCUGGUAGCCAGUGUCCCUCUCAGUUACUCAGUCCUGGUGCACCAGGUGCACUUAGACCCAAUUGUAGAUAUUUCUGUGUAAAUACUUCUCUUUUUAUUAUGUGAGUACCUACUUUAAAAUACUUGUAGAAGCUGUUUUUAUUAUUCAAUUUGUAAUCCAUUUCAUAUAAAAAAAAUGUGGUAUUUAAAAACAAAUAAUUUCUGUGCAUGGAGAGCCCAUGACCCUUUAGUUGCUAUCCCUAAUCACCAUGCAUGAGAAUCAGAAUUUUGCAGUAUUGCUGAAUUGUUAAUUUUUCACCCUUUUAGUUAAAACAAGGAUGCUAAUAAUUGCAAAAAGCAAUGUUUGGAGGAAAAAUGUUUUAAUGGCUUACCUUGGAAAGGAAAUCUUCAGAAAUGAAUGCUUUUCAAUAAAGAAUACUACAUUUUUUA